UGCAUCUCUAUUGCUAAGAGAGACGGAGAGCAGAGACUUUGCCGGUGCAGAGUUUCUCUUCCACACUCUGUUAUUUUCCCUGACAGAGACUUUGAAACUCUCAUCUCUCAUCUCUCUCUCUCUCUCUCUCUCUCCCACAAACACACACAUACGCACGGAAAAGACAAUAUCAGGCGUAAAUUUCAUACAGUCCACACUUUCCGACAUAUACAUAAAAGAAUCAAACUGUAAGAAGAAUAGGAAAAAUGGAGUUAGCCUUGAAAGCACAAUUCAUGGAGCUAAGGUCAAGCUUCCUCGCUGGCGCGACCCCAGUUUGCCACUCCUUCGCUGCCGGCCGCCGCCCCCUCUACCGUUCCUUAACAUCCAUUGCCACCACCAUCGCUACAUCCUCAUCGCUCAAGACCCCAGUGGUGCAUCCUACUUUCUUGAAACAUCCAGCUCGAAUUUGGUCGAAAUUGCACGCCGUUGCUACCGAAACAUCCACCACGACCCUUGAGGAAGAGGAUGAAGAUAUAGAAUCCCUUUUCUCUGAUAAUGGUUCUGGCCAAUCAGAUAUUAACUAUAGGCGGGGAAAUAACAAGAAUUCGACCGGUGCAUCUAGCAUUUCUUCGGGUGUGAGGUUAGAAAAUGUGAGCAAAAGUUAUAAAGGGGCUACUAUCUUGAAGAACAUAAAUUGGGAAGUGAAAAAAGGCGAAAAGGUUGGGUUAGUGGGUGUUAAUGGUGCAGGGAAAACAACCCAGUUGAGAAUCAUAUCGGGUUUAGAAGAACCCGAUUCAGGGAAUGUAAUUAAGGCGAAGAAUGACAUGAAGAUUGCGUUCUUGAGCCAAGAGUUCGAGGUUGUGUCGACAAGGACUGUGAAAGAAGAGUUCUUGAGUGCGUUUAAGGAGGAAAUGGAGGUUGCAGCGAGGCUGGAGAAGGUGCAGAAAGCGAUAGAGAAAUCGGUGGAUGAUUUGGAGCUGAUGGGGAGGUUGUUGGAUGAAUUUGAUUUGCUGCAGAGGAGGGCACAAGCUGUUGAUUUGGAUGAGGUGGAUGUUAAGAUCAGUAAGUUGAUGCCUGAGCUCGGAUUCGCACCUGAGGACGGGGACAGGCUUGUCGCAUCAUUUAGUGGAGGGUGGCAGAUGAGGAUGUCGCUUGGAAAGAUUCUGCUGCAGGAUCCUGAUUUGCUGCUUUUAGAUGAACCCACAAAUCACCUUGAUCUCGAUACGAUUGAGUGGCUCGAGGGUUAUCUGAAUAAGCAAGAUGUACCGAUGGUCAUCAUAUCACAUGACAGGGCUUUCCUCGAUCAAUUGUGUACAAAAAUUGUAGAAACUGAUAUGGGUGUUUCUAGGACAUAUGAAGGAAACUACUCUGAAUAUGUUAUUGCAAAGGCGGCAUGGAUUGAAGCUCAACUUGCUGCAUGGGAGAAACAACAGAAGGAGAUUGAACAGACAAGAGAUCUUAUAAGCAGGUUAAGUGCUGGUGCAAAUGCUGGUCGUGCUUCUACCGCUGAAAAGAAGCUGGAGAAACUCCAGGAUGAGGAGCAAGUUGAGAAACCCUUCAUCCGGAAGCAAAUGAAGAUCAGGUUCCCGGAGCGUGGAAGAAGCGGCCGAUCAGUUGUGACAGUAAAAGGUCUGGAGUUUGGUUAUGAGGAUGAGGUUCUGUUUAAGAAUGCGGAUUUGACGAUUGAAAGGGGAGAGAAAAUUGCCAUUCUUGGUCCAAAUGGGUGUGGAAAAAGUACAUUGCUUAAACUGAUUAUGGGAAUGGAGACGCCAGAUGGAGGAGAAGUUCUGCUUGGGGAUCACAAUGUAUUGCCAAACUAUUUUGAGCAGAAUCAGGCUGAGGCUCUUGAUUUGGAUAAGACCGUUCUGGAAACUGUUGCUGAAGUUGCAGAGGACUGGAGACUCGAUGACAUAAAGGGUUUACUAGGCCGUUGUAACUUCAAGGCUGACGUGCUCGACCGGAAGGUUUCAUUUCUAAGUGGUGGUGAGAAGGCUCGGCUUGCAUUUUGCAAGUUCAUGGUCAAACCGUCGACUCUACUUGUUCUGGACGAGCCGACCAAUCAUUUGGACAUACCCACAAAAGAGAUGCUGGAGGAGGCGAUAAAUGAGUACCAAGGCACUGUUAUCACCGUCUCACACGACAGAUACUUCAUAAAGCAGAUUGUCAACCGAGUCUUGGAAGUAAAAGACGGGAUUCUACAGGACUACGCUGGAGAUUACAAUUAUUAUCUAGAGAAGAAUCUUGAGGCGAGAGAAAGGGAGCUGGAAAGGGAAGCGGAGCUCGACGAAAAGUCUCCUAAAGCAAAAGCUAAAUCCAAGAUGUCCAAGGCGGAGAGGGAAGCUAGGAAGAAACAGAAGAUGCAGGCAUUUCAAGCGGCUAAACAGAAAUCAAAAGGGUUGAAGAACGCUAAAAGAUGGAAGUAAAAUACCAUCCUCACAAGUUCUUGAAUGGUUUAUGCUCACUUUGUUUACAUGUGUAUAUAUAUUAUACAAUGCAUAGAGUAGGUUUCUUGGUUAGAAAUGAUCAGAAUGAUACAUCAGCUGGAUAUAAACUCUUGAGGUUGAUGACAUUGGAUACAAAGGGUUUUAGCAAUGUUAUCAUUGAUAUUGCUGCAAA